CCGGAGGAGGAGGAGGAGGAGGAGGCAGCGGCGGCGGCGACAGCGGCGGCCGAGGCGGCCGAGGGGGCGGGGAGGCCGAGCCGAGGUUGGGGCUGGGGCUAGGGCUGGGGCCGGGGCCGGGACCGGGCCCGGGCGGAGCUGAGCGGGCCGAGCGGCGCAGGCCAGCCCGGGGGCGGGAGGGGGAGCGCUCCUGGCCUCGGCCUUCGCCUUCCCCUUUCCCUUUCCCUGCGGGCGCCAAGCUGAGCGGGCCUGGCCGGACCGGACCCGGCAGAGCUGGGCUGGGGCCGCCAAGCCUCCGCCCCCCGACGGCGGUGCCUGCUUUCCCCUCGUGCCCCAGCCUGCCCGCCCAGUGCUGCCGGCUGCCUUUCAGAACCCGUUGGCAGCCGCCUUGGCGGUUUCGAGCUGGAGCCUGUCCGAGGGCCUGGGCGAAGGGCCAGAGAUUGGAUCUAGUAACCAGAGAGGUGGCUGGUGGAUAAGACGGAGGGCUGCUCACUCUGGCUGAAGAUGUUUCCCCAGAACAGGCCGCCUUUGACCCACCUUCAGGCCCCACCAGUGGCCUCCGCCGCAGCUGUGCUUGUGACCACCAAUGCUUCGGCCACGACCCCCCAGACCCUCAAACUCACCUACCCAGAGACUUUGGAUCGGAUCAAAGAAGAAUUCCAGUUCCUUCAGAGCCAAUACCACAGCUUGAAGGUGGAAUGUGAGAAGCUGGCGUCCGAGAAGACUGAGAUUCACCGGCACUAUGUCAUGUACUAUGAGAUGUCUUACGGCCUCAACAUCGAGAUGCACAAGCAGACAGAGAUUGCCAAACGGCUGAACGUGAUCUGUGCUCAGCUCAUCCCGUUCCUCUCCCAGGAGCACCAGCAGCAGGUGGUCCAGGCCGUGGAGAGAGCCAAGCAGGUGACCAUGGCGGAGCUGAAUGCUGCCAUCGGGCACCAGCUGCAGGCCCAGCACCUGCCCCACUCUGCGCCCCCCAUUCCGCUGACCCCGCACCCCUCGGGCCUGGCCAGCCUGGGCAGCGCGUCGGGGCUGCUGGCGUUAACGGGGGCGCUGGCGGCUCCGGCCCAGGCCGGGCCCAAGGACGACCGAGGCUUGGCGGACUUGGAGCACCGAGAGAGAGACGCAGGCUCGAGCUCCCUGGCCCUCCCGAGCACCGACCGGGUCCGGAACAUCUCGGAGUACCUGAGCGGCGGCAAGAAGAGGAGAGCCGAGGAGAAAGACUUUAUUCCUGACUAUGCCAGCGAUGCUGACAAGAGUGAGGACAACCUGGUGGUCGAUGAGGACCCCCAGUCCCCCCACAGCGUUCACUCCUAUUCCUCGAGGGAGAACGGGCUGGACAAGACCCCGUUGCCUCGGAAGGAGGCCGUUCCUGGCAGCCCCCCGUCCGUCUCGUCGUCCCGGAGCGCCUCGCCCACUCGAAGCAAGGACCUGACCCCGGUGGAGAAGGCCGGGACUCCGGGCUUGAAGUCCAGCACCCCAACAUCCCAGGGAGACGGGCUGGGGCCGGGGGGCGGCGGCGGCAGCAGCAGCAGCAGCAGCAGCAGCAGCAGCAGCAGCAGCAGCAGCCUCGGGACGCAGCCCUUCCGGCCUGGCCUGGGCAAGGCCGCAGUGGACUCUCUGGCGCUGGGCCUGCGGAGCCCCCUGGCCAUGGCCGGCUCCUACACGGGCCCCUUCGGGAUGGGGAUGGUGCACUCGGCAGUGAAUGGAGACCUGGCCGGCACCGGGGCCUACACCGGGCUCCAUCUGGCCUCCUCCCAGCUCAACGGGGCCGCCACCAUGGGAGGGACUUCCGGCUAUGGCCGUCCUGCCCUGGUCAGCUAUGAUCCUCACUCCCACAUGCGGGUUUCCAGUCUCUCUGCUAACCUGCCCAGCAGCUCCUCAGGAAAACCGGCUUACUCUUUCCACGUGUCUGCGGAUGGGCAGAUGCAGCCGGUGCCCUUCCCCUCCGACGCCCUCCUGGGCACGGGCAUCCCCAGGCACGCGCGGCAGCUGCACACCCUCACCCACGGGGAGGUGGUCUGCGCCGUCACCAUCAGCAACUCCACGCAGCACGUCUACACGGGGGGCAAGGGCUGCGUGAAGGUGUGGGACGUGGCCCAGCCCGGCACCAAGACUCCCGUGGCCCAGCUGGACUGCUUGAACCGGGACAACUACAUCCGCUCCUGCAAGCUGCUGCCGGAUGGGCGCAGCCUGAUCGUGGGCGGGGAAGCCAGCACCCUGUCCAUCUGGGACCUGGCGUCCCCCACCCCCCGCAUCAAGGCCGAGCUCACCUCCUCGGCGCCCGCCUGCUACGCCCUGGCCAUCAGCCCCGACGCCAAGGUGUGCUUCUCCUGCUGCAGCGACGGCAACAUCGUGGUGUGGGACCUGCAGAACCAGGCCAUGGUCAGGCAGUUCCAGGGCCACACGGACGGGGCCAGCUGCAUCGACAUCUCCAACGACGGGGCCCGGCUGUGGACGGGCGGCCUGGACAACACGGUGCGCUGCUGGGACCUGCGGGAGGGCCGCCAGCUCCAGCAGCACGACUUCAGCUCCCAGAUCUUCUCCUUGGGCCACUGCCCCACAGGCGACUGGCUAGCAGUGGGCAUGGAGAGCAGCACUGUGGAGAUCCUUCAUGUCAGCAAGCCGGACAAGUACCAGCUGCACCUGCACGAGAGCUGCGUCCUCUCCCUCAAGUUUGCCUCCUGUGGGCGGUGGUUUGUGAGCACCGGCAAGGACAACCUGCUCAACGCCUGGAGGACCCCCUACGGAGCCAGCAUCUUCCAGUCGAAAGAAUCCUCGUCGGUCCUGAGCUGUGACAUCUCCACGGACGACCAGUUCAUCGUCACUGGCUCGGGGGACAAGAAGGCCACCGUCUAUGAAGUCAUCUACUGAGGCGCCGGCCUCCGCGUCGGGCCCCCCGCCCGAGCCCGUCCGCCAGCGACGUCCCAAAGAAUCUCGGGGGCUCGGGAGGAAGCUCGGGGCCCGGCCCCCUCCCGCCCCCCUCAGUGGGAACUCUGGACAUUUCGUGUGGUCUUUGGUGUUUAUUUUUCUACUCCAUGGAUUCUGUUUUUUGGUGGGAGGGUUUGUAGGCCCCCGUCUUUUAGGUUGUAUUUAAUAAAAUGCCAGAGGCACGU